GGGCCGUGCUGAGGGGAGCUUGCUUCUUUCUGUCGCAUUCGGGAAGGGGUGGGUGCUGCUGCGGCGGCGGCGGCUGACGGCACCACGACAAUGAAAGGCGCGCUGGCCAGCCCCGUGGCCGCCGCCACAACUAUGCAGGAGAGCUUUGGCUGCGCCGUCGCCAACCGCUUCCACCAGCUGCUCGAUGAUGAAUCCGACCCUUUCGACAUCCUCCGGGAGGCAGAGCAGCGCAAGCAGCAGAGCAAGAAGCGCGAAGAAGCGGCUUUUUCAACCGGCAGAAAACCUGGCCCCGGAGGAGUCGCUGCCGCCACCGCUGUCAAAAGAGAAUCCCAGAAGGAGCGGAAAGGCUCCCCGUUCUUGCAGUCGGAGAGCCCCACAGCACCCGGCCAAAAGCGAGCUCCAAAAAGAGGAGAACAACAGGGCUGGAAUGAAAACCGAGGUACGGAGAUAAAACAAGAUAAAGCUGAAUGGAAACCUUUCAGAGAAUACUGUCCUCAUGAAAUGGAAAGACAAGCAGAGUUUACACUAGAAAGACCAAUAGAGCGCUUUGAUCGGGAAAGGCCAAUGAGAGGUCGUGGGGGAGGAAGGGCCGGAUUGCAGGGCAGAGGCAGAGGUGGUGGUAUGAACAGGACCUUCAAUGGCUUUGAUCAAAGAGGGAAGCGGGAAUUUGACCGGCAGAGCGGGAGUGACAAAACAGGAGUCCGUGCAGAAGAUAAAAGAGGCGGAAGUGGACCACGUAACUGGGGAACUGCUAAGGAUGAUAUGAGUGAGCUGGAACAGACUGCUCCUAUGGAAGAGACUGCAGAAACAGAAGAGAGCCCAGGAGCACCCGACGGAGAACCUCCAAUGAAAAUUGCUGAAGGAGAGCCAGUGGAUGAAGUAGUUCAAGAGAUGACAUUGGAUGAAUGGAAAAAUCUUCAAGAGCAAAAUCGACCAAAGCCCGAAUUCAACAUCCGGAAGCCCGAAACCACUGUUCCUUCGAAAGCAGUGGUAAUUCAUAAGUCAAAAUAUAGAGAUGAUGUGCUGAAGGAAGAUUUUGAGGAUGAUUCUCACUUUUCCCGAAAAGCAGCAAAUGACAUCACUUCUCAACUGGACAUUAACUUUGGGAAUCUGCCUCGUCCUGGAAGAGGAGCCAGAGGAGCACGAGGAGGUCGUGGGCGUGUCCGAAGAGUUGAAAACUCAUGGCCAAGGCCAGGAAUGAUGAUGCAUACUGCUGCUCCAAACCCAGAUGACCCUGAGGAUUUUCCCGCUUUGUCUUGAAAAAACUUAGUGACACCUCCAAAAAUAGCUGUGGAAAUACUAUGUUGCUGUAGAAGAGAACACCGAAGUCUACAGAGAGAAAUGACUUUUGUGUGUGAAUUUUGCACUACUAUGUGUUAAGACAUACCCUGUGGGUUUGAAGGCGAGUUCCAGUAACACUGGUUUUGGAUUAGUUGUAUGAAGGCUUAUGGUAUCAUAUGUGAGGAAUUUCAAAUAAAAAUUCAGGAUGAUGGUGUCAAACAGGUACA